CGCCUGCGCAGUGCAGUUGCCCCCGGUGCCGCGGUCGCAGGGACGCGAUGGCCGGGCCCGCGUGGAUCUCCAAGGUCUCUCGCUUGCUGGGGGCGUUCGGCAGCCAAACACAGGUGACCAGAGGUUUUGCUGGUGGUGGUCAGACGGUGACUCUGAUCCCAGGAGAUGGAAUCGGCCCUGAAAUUUCAGCUGCCGUUAUGAAGAUUUUUGAUGCUGCCAAAGCGCCCAUCCAGUGGGAGGAGCGGAAUGUCACGGCCAUCCAGGGCCCCGGCGGCAAGUGGAUGAUCCCUCCUGAAGCCAAGGAGUCGAUGGACAAAAACAAGAUGGGCCUGAAAGGACCUCUGAAGACCCCCAUAGCAGCUGGUCACCCCUCAAUGAACUUACUGCUGAGGAAGACGUUUGACCUUUACGCCAACGUCCGACCCUGCGUCUCCAUCGAAGGCUAUAAGACACCGUACACCGACGUCAACAUCGUGACCAUCCGGGAGAACACGGAGGGCGAGUACAGCGGCAUCGAGCAUGUGAUCGUGGAUGGGGUCGUGCAGAGCAUCAAGCUCAUCACCGAGGAGGCCAGCAAGCGCAUUGCCGAGUUUGCCUUCGAGUACGCACGCAACAACCACCGGAGCAACGUCACCGCUGUGCACAAGGCCAACAUCAUGCGAAUGUCCGAUGGGCUUUUUCUGCAGAAAUGCAGGGAAGUUGCAGAAAACUGUAAAGACAUCAAGUUUAACGAGAUGUACCUAGACACAGUGUGCCUGAAUAUGGUGCAGGACCCAUCCCAGUUCGAUGUGCUGGUGAUGCCAAACCUCUAUGGAGACAUUCUCAGUGACCUGUGUGCGGGGCUAAUCGGCGGGCUGGGAGUGACACCCAGCGGGAACAUUGGCGCCAAUGGCGUGGCCAUCUUCGAGUCGGUCCACGGCACAGCCCCCGACAUUGCAGGCAAGGACAUGGCCAAUCCCACGGCCCUCCUGCUCAGCGCUGUGAUGAUGCUGCGUCACAUGGGCCUGUUCGACCAUGCUGCCAAGAUUGAGACUGCCUGCUUUGCUACCAUCAAGGAUGGGAAGAGCUUAACAAAAGAUUUGGGAGGGAAUGCCAAGUGCUCAGACUUCACCGAGGAAAUCUGCCGCCGCGUGAGAGACCUGGACUGAGGCACCUGCACAGUCCCCAAACCUCACUCCCAGGCGCCACACUCCUGCUCUUUGUGCAUCUGGUUUGCUUCUCGACAGAACCCCUGGUCAGAUCUGGCCUGUCCUAACAAAAGCUCUGCGGAGGGCACAGGGACACCCCCGCCUGCUUUCAAAGGACUUUUUCCAAGUGCUUGUUUUAUUUAUUUAUCUAUCUGGUAUACAUUUUUUGGGUAAACUCCAAGUGGACUGUAUCAUUUGCCAUUCUUAACCAUUGUACACUUCAGUUAAAGCACUUUUUUUUUCCUCAGCUGUAAAUAUGAUACAGAAUUAAUAAGAGCAAAAAUUUAACUUUUUAAAAAACGUAUUUUCCUUGGUUUAUGAAAAAAAAUGUAAUAAUUACAAGAGAAUAUUGACAUAAUAGCACAAGACAGAAUCAUUAAACAGGCACAGGAAGUUCCUGGGAAAGUGGGAAUCACUGGGAAAGCGGUGAUUGUGGCACUUUUCUUAGUGAGAUAUGAAAACCUUGACAUGAAUUAUGUUCUUUACCUGAAAUCUUGAGUGUGAAUAAAGACUUCCAAUCCGAGAGUACAAACAGAA